AGAAAUAUUAGAUUUACCGAAUUCUAUGUCUGUAGCCGAGGAGACGGGUGGAGAAACUGUUCUUUACUCCACCAUUGUGGAAGAUCCUUCAGGAGAUGAAAUUUGUUGUCUGCUAGAGACCGUCUUGCCAAGUUCAACGAAUUUCAACGUAACUGGGAACUCGACAGCUGGUUCAUCGCGUGGUAUCUUUUCCAUUUUGACUACUGCAAAUCCCGCCUUUUCUUACAAAGAUAUUAACUCUUAUAUGGUGAAACUUUGCUGUGACGAUAGUGCAGAUAAAACUACGGGAAUAUUACUUGUAAAUGUGAAGAAACCGGGGAAAGAUGCUGGAUAUGAACCACCAAAUUGGUUUAUGUUGUCCGUGGCGAUGUCCUGCAUUCCUGUCUUCGUUAUGGGAUUUUGCUCAUGCUUUGUUCUGAUUCUUACAAUGUUUCUAGUUUGAUAAAUCGCACACAAGUUGUAAAUUUUUAUACUGACUUGAUUUAGUUUCUACACGUGUUAUUUUUGUUUUUUUAAUUUACACGUUAUUCUGCAUUA